UAAUUAAUUUUGUUUCAACUUCUAGAUGGUAUAAAGUAAAUUUUAAAAUGGUACCAUCAACUGUUAACACUCAAGUAUGCUUUCUGUGGUGCAUGGGUACCAUAUAUUUCUUUGCAUUUUCAUCUUUAUAUUUUCAAAUACCAGGUUUGUAUGGAAUUAAUGGAAUUUUGCCAGCUCAUCUUCAGUUAAAAGAAGAUAUUUGUGGGGACAACCAUGAAAAAUGUAACUACUGGGCAUCAAUAGGGGAGUGUGAAAAUAAUCCAUCGUGGAUGUUGAAAAAUUGCAAACUGAGUUGCAAGAUUUGUAAGGAAGGAGAUGUUACACCAUUAUCAGAACAGCUCACAAACAAACCAACACUUCUUUGGUUAUCAAAAUUCGUUGGUCUUGAUGUGGAAACUGGAAUGGAACUUAUUUGUUUGUUAGGAGCUUGCAUCUCUUUAUCCAUAUUAUUAUUUGCAUGGUGCAGGAAUACUGUUGUCUUUUUUACUCUUUGGGCUUUGUACUUUUCUGUGUAUCAGGUUGGACAAACAUUUCUUUGGUUUCAAUGGGACAUUUUACUCCUAGAGACUGGAUUUAUAACAAUUUUUCUGGCUCCAUUUAAAUCACCCACAGAUGUCAAAUCCAGCGAUCCUUGUCACAGCGUGGUUUUUUGGUUACUUAAGUGGUUAUUGUUUCGUUUGAUGUUCACAUCUGGUGUGGUGAAACUAACUAGUAUGUGUCCAACCUGGUGGGGUUUAACUGCAUUGGAUUGGCACUAUGAAUCACAGUGUAUCCCAACACCAAUGGCAUGGUACGCCCACCAGCUACCUGAGUGGAUUCAGAGAUUGAGUGUAGUUGCAACAUUUGUUAUUGAAAUUGGAUUACCAUUUUUAUUCUUCAGUCCAGUCAGAUUAUUAAGACUUCUGUCGUUCUAUUCACAGGUUCUUCUUCAAGUUUUAAUCAUUUUAACUGGAAAUUAUAAUUUCUUUAAUUGGCUCACUCUGUCAUUGUGUUUAGCAUUAUUGGACGAUAAGCAUCUAAAAUUAUUCAUUCCGCAAAAGUAUCUUAUUAGUGAAUACGAAGACACGCCGAAAUCCAGUCAAAGAUGGAUGAAAGUGAAAAAAUAUCUUCCUUUAUUUCUCUUUGUACUUGUGACUUCAGCAUUAUGUUAUUGGACGAAAAUCUUAUUUAACAUACAUUUGAGCAAAGACUUUUCGAUAGAGUCAAGUAUAGCUUUUAGUGAAAAAGGCUUCUUGGAGUUUGUUCACAAGCGUACACAAACUGGCAUUGCACUUGGUCUUAUUAAAUUAAUAAUUCGAAUACUUGUUGUUCUUUAUCGAUCAUACUCAUCUCACCGUGGUAUCACAACAAAGAUAUGGCGAUUGAUCAAAACGUUUUUUUAUUCCAUAAUUACUGUGUGGUUAUUUUGUAUUAGUUUGGUACCAUACACUAACGUUGACUCAAAAACACAAGGUGACAUCUAUCCUGUAAUUCAUAAAUGGUAUUCAGCUGCUGAUAAAUUUCAAAUUGCUAACAGUUAUGGAUUAUUUAGAAGAAUGACAGGUGUUGGUGGAAGACCAGAACUAAUCAUAGAAGGAACCAAUGAUCUUAAUGGACAGUGGAAAGAGUAUAACUUCCAUUUCAAACCUGGGAAUGUUUCUGAGCGCUUGCCAAUCGUAGCACCACAUCAACCAAGAUUGGACUGGCAAAUGUGGUUUGCUGCUCUUGGAUCCUAUCAACACAAUCCAUGGUUCAUACAUUUGAUUGAUAAGCUUUUAAUUGGUGAACCAAAGGUUUUGUCAUUAUUAGGCCACAAUCCGUUUCCAUCAAAGCCGCCUAAGUAUAUCCGAAGUAUACUGUACAAGUAUCACUACACUACUCUGCCAAAGAAUACAUCAGGGAUACUUGAUGCAAUCUCCAAAUCGAGAAAAAUCAAGAACUGGUGGAAAAGAGACUCAGCAAAAGAGUAUACAUAUCCUCUGACAAAAGAUGAUCCAUCAUUAAAAAAAUUCAUCAGUGACAUGGGCUGGAAUGACCAUCCAAGUGAAGAAAUAACUAAAGGAUUCUUGUAUCAAUCCAUUCUUCAACUACGGGAUAUUGUGCAUGGCGUACAUCCUACUGUGACAAUGAUGCAAAUAUGGGUUCUAACGAAAAAUGUGAUGAUAAGUGACAAAUAUGAUGUAUUUACAAUUCCUUGUGGUGGGGUGGUUAUGUGUUGCAGAUGGUGAUUCGUGGAUGGGCAAAAAAGAACAAAGACUGUACAG